CCCCGCCCUCCCACCGCGCUGCCUCUAGGUUCUGGGAAGAUGGCGAAGGUCUCAGAGCUUUACGAUGUCACUUGGGAAGAAAUGAGAGAUAAAAUGAGAAAAUGGAGAGAAGAAAACUCAAGAAAUAGUGAGCAAAUUGUGGAAGUUGGAGAAGAAUUAAUUAAUGAAUAUGGUUCUAAGCUGGGAGAUGAUAUUUGGAUCAUAUAUGAACAGGUGAUGAUUGCAGCACUAGACUAUGGUCGGGAUGACUUGGCAUUGUUUUGUCUUCAAGAGCUAAGAAGACAGUUCCCUGGCAGUCACAGAGUCAAGCGAUUAACAGGCAUGAGAUUUGAAGCCAUGGAAAGAUAUGAUGAUGCUAUACAGCUAUAUGAUAGGAUUUUACAAGAAGAUCCAACUAACACUGCUGCAAGAAAGCGUAAGAUUGCCAUUCGAAAAGCCCAGGGGAAAAAUGUGGAGGCCAUUCGGGAGCUGAAUGAGUAUCUGGAACAAUUUGUUGGAGACCAAGAAGCCUGGCAUGAACUUGCAGAACUUUACAUCAAUGAACAUGAAAUAGAAUCAGAUUCUCAUGCACAUUUUCUUGUGCAUGAAUAUUUAACCUUGUUCUCAUACUGCAAACAACUGAUGAGAAACAGAAUGAAGACAUUUGUCUGUUGUCUGUGGUCUAUAUAUAUAAUGUGAUCUAGAGGACUGAGGUAGUCUAGUUGCAGAAGUCUAAGAAAAGUGGGAGCUAAAAUAAAAGUAAUAGCUGUGGUUUAAGGAAUGUGUACUAUAUUCUAGGAACUGUUUUUCAAGUUCUCUGCUAUACUCUGAAACAGAUAUUCUGGUUUUGAUUAGGAAAUUAUUUCCUGAAUCACAUUCAGUAUAGAUGAUAUGCUUGUAUGUACACAUAUGUAAACAUACUCAUGAUUUCUUACGCAUGUGAGACAGUGUAUAAUACUUAUAUUUAAAUACAUGAAAUUGAAUUUUUAGAGUAUAGUAAAAAUAAUUAGCAUUAAUUUUACUUUGUUUCUAAAACAGGUGACAAUCAUUUAACAUUUUUUGUACUUUUUAAAGAUUUUCUGACUAAAAGCAUUUUAAAACAUUUCAAAUCAACAAGGAAAUUUUUUUUUUCAAGUUAAAGGAAUACCUAAUGCAGAAAAUUUGAGAAACACAAUAAAGCAUAAAGACCAAGAUAAAAAUUACAUGUAAUUCCAGCAUCCUAAGUUAACUACAGUUUGUUUGGUUUUUGUCCUUCCUUAUCUUUUAAAACAAAAGCCCAAAAUAAAAUUAUCUUCCGUAGUUUAUACUUUCCCUUAGUUAUAUUUUGUUCAAAAAUUUCUUGUCACUGUAACAAUCUACAGUGUGUUUUGAAUGGCUUUAUAUUAUUUCAUCUUAAUAAUUUACCCUAGUAUUUUUAACCAGUUUCCUAGGGAGAUAUAAAGGUUGUUUUAUGUUUUUAUAUAUAAUGCUGUAGUGAUCAUUUUUAUUUUGUUUCCUUGGGUUAAAUUCUUUGAAGUAAAAUUGUUUGAUUAAAUAAGAUGUACAUUUUCUGUGGUUUUGAUAAAUAGUUCCUGAUUGUUCCCUAGAAUGGUAACAUCAAUUUACUCGCACACCAGCAUUUACUAGAGUCCCUCUUUAACAACACUGGAUACUGUGAUUCUUUUUUAAUCUUUACAAGUUUGAUAGGUGAAAUUGGGUCCACCUUUUUAGUUCAUUUUUAAGAGCUCUUUUUAUAAAGGAGAGCAACCAUUUGUCAAAAGUAUAUCCUCGUUAUAUGCUUUUUAAAUACUGACUUCUUAAAAUUAUAGAAACUUUACAUUUUUAGAAAAUCAGAUUCAUCAAUUUUUAACAUUAUCAUGUCUGCUAUCCUUUAAUAGCUUAAAAAUACAUCACCUUUUUCCCCUACUUCAUUUGCAAUUUUAUUUUUUUGCAUGUAUUUCUAAUAUUUAUUUCAUCAUCAAAUUUAGGUUAUACCUUAUUUUUAACCUACCAUUAAAUUUACUUAUUUUUUUCACCAUGUGGUACCACCUUCAGUUUUGCUUUGUUUGGAAUCUAAAGAGUUUAUUGAAAUAGAGGUGAAUGUACACUUAAGAGAAAUGAACUGAGAAAUCUCAAAAAAUGAAGAUUUACAAAGAUGUAGGAGCACCUAAAAAAUAUUUUUUUAGAGAAAAUGAUAAUUAUGGUCAGCCUACCCUUUUAUCUAGUAUCACAAAAGUCUUUUUGGUUUUAAAGCUAGUUAGUUACAAAAUGACCAUUUUUUUCCUGAUUGAACACAUAGAAGGAAUAUUUAUGUUUAGGUGACUGGAAAUACAUAUCUACAGGUUUUUUUGAAACUGAAAAUUACAAUCAGUUCACUUGAUUCGAUCCAUUUGGCGUAGUUGAGCAAGUCAUUAUAGGAGGCAGGAAUUUUUUGGUGGAAUGUUAAAUUAUCAUAGGAUAUCAGUUUUAGCAACCAGUCUUGUGGACACAGUGGCAAAAAUGUAGCAGUUUCGAAAAUGUUAGAUAUAUUUAACAUUCGAUAUUCUUUUCUGCAUAUGAACAGUUACAAGCUUUUUUAAGUAUAAUAGGUCGCAGGCAGCUUUGGUAGCCUAGAUCUAGAACUAUUUUUUUUCUUUAAGAGACAGAGUCUACAGCAUUUCCCAGGCUAGACUUGAGCUCCUGGGCUCAAGUACUCUUCCCACCUCAGCCUUUUGUGUAGCUGGCACUACAGGUGUGUCACUGUGCCCAGCUCUGGAAUUUUUAACUCCAAAUAAAUAUCUAUAGUAUAAUUUUCAUAUAGCCCUAUUUAAUGUUUCUAUAGAGAGAAAAAGGGAUAUAGAAUUGUGCCAUAUAACCUUUUUAUAUUUUUAAGUUACUUUUAUAAGUUUCUUUCUGAUUUAUAGUUUGUUUUUAGUUAUUCCAGGGAUAUAUGUUACAUCCAUUGACCAUAUUGAGACACUUGUUCUAAAGUUUUAAAACUACAGUUCAUUUUUUUGUGUCAGCACUACCAGUAUGUAUUAUAGGUUAAGUAUCCAUAACCUGAAAAUCUGAAAUCCACAAUACUCCAAAAUCUGAAACUUUGAGUGCCAACACGAUACUCAAAGGAAAUGCUCAUUGGAGCAUUUUGGAUUUGGGAUUUUUGCGUUAGGGAUGUUCAUCCAGUAAGAUAAUGCAGAUAUUUUAAAAUCUGAAAACUUUUGAAAUCUGAAACAUUUCUGGUCCCAAGCAUUUUGGUUAAGGGAUACUCAACCUUUGUAAGCAAAAAUACAUUCACAUUAUGAAAGACAAAUUUUUUUACUUCAUUUGUGAUUGAAACUAGAUACUAUACAGCAAGGAACAGUUAGUGUUAUACAUUAAUUAAGAUUGUGAUUGUAGUUGCUUUUCAUAGGUCCAGCCUUUUAAAAUUCCUAUCAAAGGGAAUUACCACAAUUCUAUAAGGAAAAAUUGUGAUGUUGGUAAAGUAAUACACAGUACCAAAUACUGUAACCUCUAGUUAUAUAUACUUUUGUAAGGAAGAGAAGAAAACUUUAUUUAGUUGUAGUACUGACUCUAACGUUGAAAUAACAAUUGUUAUUCUGUUUUAAGUAGAUUCAAAUUAUUUUUACUUCUCUCUAUUCUUAGUCUUGUUGAGUCACUGUGUAUAAUGAAUUAACUUCUCUAUGCACCUAGAAUAGUACUGGCUAUGUAUUAUCCCUGACAAGACUGAGGAAAUAGUCACUUUCUGUGUGGCCUAACAAUGGCCUAGAAAAGCUGGACUAGACCAUCUCUUGAGCUCCUUCUAGCUCUAAUUUUAUUUAAUUCUAUAUUUUAUCCACAAAAUUAGUUUGAUACUGUACUUUGUAAAAUUGGGGGAAGGAAUCCUUUUCUCAUAGGUGAUGCUAAUUGAUUUUUGAGAAAAUAUCUUGGUAUUCAUUUUACCCUAAGAGCUGCUACUACCUGCCCAUUUUAUCUUGCUUUAUGUACCAGUGUCACAGUUGUGCUCAACCCAUUUAAAUCUCUUAAGAACUUUUAUUCUUAGUCUCAAUAUGAAUUUUUGGCAUCAUACUAUUAAUAAUUAAAGGAACACAUUUAGAAGAGAACUGUCUUUUGAUAAAGUGUUUAAGGUAGAGACAAAUUUUCCCUUUUCUUUUUGAGUGAUAAAUAUAUAUUAGGUAGGUAGUCAUAAUACAUUUGUUUUAGACAUUUAUUCAGUCAUUUGUUCAGUCUUAUUAAAUACCUAUCAUGUGUCAAGAACCAAUGCUAGGUUUUGAAUUUAAAAAUGGAAAGGGCUAAAUAGCUGCAUGAUCUUGGAUGAGAGUACAUAUAUAUAUAUAUAUAUAUAUAUAUAUAUAUAUAUAAAUAUAUAUAUA